AUGUUGCGGUCAAGUAACAUCUUGCUGAUAUUCAAAACAAAAUUCAGAGACAUCAAAACAAUAUUCAGAGACAUCAAAACAAUAUUCAGAGACAUCACUUGCUUCAAUGGUUCUGGUAAUGCUUCAAUUCAAUCAUCAUCAAAAAUAUUUGAAUAUGAUCAUGCUAUGUAUCAAGAUGGUUUAGGCAGUAGGUUCUCGCGGUUUGUUUACAGCUCUUUACAUGAGGCUCCGAUUCUAGAGAGUCUUCGUUUGAAACUUGAUCGGAAGUCUGGUGCUUUAGAUAUCGGAUUAUGGGUUAGAACUGCUGUUAAACGCAGUGUGCGUGAAUUAGAUAUCGAUAUGCCUUUCAUUUUUGCUCCGGUCAUACUUCCAUGGAGCUUGUAUACCGGGGGAUGUAAAACGCUUGUGACCUGGAAACUAAGCAACAUGACUCUUGUGGAUGCUUUUUCUUUGCCAGCUUCUUUCCCAUUCCUAAAAGAAUUGAGCCUUGUGCACAUGAAGUACCCAAGUGAGGAAUUUGUCAACGAGUUUCUGUCCAAUUGUCCUGUUCUUGAGGACUUGGCUGUGGAACAAUGUUCUGAUGACAAUGUGACCGGUCUCUCUGUUAAAAUACCAUCUCUCAAGAAUUUAUCCUUGCGCAAAUCAACAGACAUAGAUGAAGACAAAACUUGUGGGUAUGUGGUGGAUGCUCCUUCUUUGGAGAGCUUUGAAGUUCUUGAUCAUAGCGGUGAGUUCUGUGUCAUCGAGAAUAAUAUGCCUGAGAUUGUGUAUGCGUAUCUCGACAUUAAUUAUUCGCAUCCCUGGAAGAUUUUGCGUUCUAUUUCUUCAGCCAAGCAGCUUGAGUUAUGUUUAGCAUCCUCAAAGGAAUAUCCUGUUGGCACUGUCUUCCACAAUCUUGUAUAUCUAAUGCUAUGCACAUGUGAGCCAGAGUGGUUGAAUCUACUUCUGUUUCUGCUCAGAGAUUCUCCUAAAUUACGAUUUCUCAGAUUUGAACAGUACCAUCCCAUUCGACCUUCUGAACAGCGCCUGUGGUGGAGUGAACCGAGCUCAGUUCCUGAAUGUAUCUUAUCGAGUCUUGAGAUUCUGGAGUGGGUGAAAUAUGAAGGAAUAGAAGAAGAGAAAGAAAUAGUAGCGUUUAUACUUGGAAAUGCAAGAUUACUAAAUAAGGCAACUAUCUCCUCUACAUCUACGGAUCCUGUCAAGAAACUUGAGAUGCUCAAAGAGUUGUCAUUUCUGUCAAGGUGUUCAAGUACCUGUCAUCUUACAUUCGACUGA